CUCAAUCUUUGAUUUGUACUAUUUCGAUACUAUAGUAGUUGUUGUAAUUAAGAGUUAGCAUGGGGAAGGAGAUGUUGAAGGAUUUUAAGGUGGAGACUGUUCAAACUUGUAUUGUGCAAUCCACCGCACCCACAAAAGAUUGCACGCUCAGAGUCUCCAACAUAGAUCUCACUGCUCCUGCCGUUAGUCCGGGGCACUUUUUUGUUUACAAAGGAGUGAAAGAUAAGACAUACGAAGAGAUGGCAAGCUCGAUUAAGAAGGCACUCUCUGAGACGAUAGUAUUGUUUUAUCCAGUGGCGGGAAGGUUUGUCAUCGGCCACAAUGGUGAGCCUGAGAUAGAGUGCAAUAAUCAAGGAGUGCCCUUCAUUGUAGCUGAAGCUGACGCUGCCAUUAAGGAUCUUGAUUUUUCUCAGCCAAGUUUAUCUGUUGCUAAAUUAAUUCCUACCAGGCACCCUCUUCAAGGAGAAUCUCCUCACUGUGUUCCUGUUAUGGCUUUACAAGUGACGAGGAUGAAAUGUGGAGGAAUGGUAGUGGGUUGUUGUUUCGAUCACAGAAUAGUAGAUGGAAUAAGCAGCUGCAUUUUCUUUCAAGCAUGGACAGAGGCAGCUCAAGGUCUCCCAUUUUCCAAUAUUACGCCAUGCUUUGAACGCUCACUCCUCAAUCCCCGCCACCCUCUCAACCCUAAUUUACUCCCCUUCAUUGAUACCCAUUACAUAGCACUACCUUUCUCUGCUCCCAGUCACACCGACCCUCCACCCCAAAUCGGGCGGAUAUAUCAUUUGGAUGCUCCCACACUUCUCCAAUUGCAGGCUCUGGCAAACCAAACUCAAGAAAAACCCAGUGCUGGUAAACCCAUAACAAAGAUGGAGACAAUUUCUGCCUAUAUUUGGAAACUUUUUGCUCGCGCACAGGCUUUAACUGGUUCACAACUAACCAGAAUUGGUAUCCCCAUUGAUGGGCGUGCAUGCCUGAACCUCCCUCCUUCCUACUUCGGAAAUGCGAUAGCAAUGCCUUUCAAGGAGAGUUAUGCAGAGCAGAUAUUAGAGGACCCAUUAAACAAGAUUGCAGAAAUCGUACACAACGUUAUAGGUGAAUCCCUGAACAGUGAAUAUUUCAGGUCCAUUGUGGAUUGGGUGGAGGUGAACAGACCCGCAGUGAUUUUAGCGAGAGUGUAUGCAGAGGAAGGUUCGGCUGUGGUGGUGUCUUCAGGAGUGAGGAUUCCAUUGUAUCACUAUGAGUUUGGCUGUGGGAAGCCUGUGUUUUCAAGUGUGUUUUUUCCAUGGGGAGGAACAGCAGGGUACGUGAUGUUGCAGGUGAGCCCCCUGGGAGAUGGGAAUAUGGUGGUGUAUAUGCAUAUGGCCGAGAAGCACUUAGAUGCCAUUGAAGCUGAUCCUGAAUUUGUGCUCGUGAGGGCCAGUCGAAUGAAUUUCUGGUAACAGUUUGGAGGUUAUAGUAUAGAGCUCUAAGAAUCAUUGUUGUUAAGCUUUCAUGUAGGAUUCUUGAUGAUAAACUAUUGUUUCUGUCAGUUGUAUCCACUGUGUGGUAAUACAUUUUAUAACCAGGUCCAAGUAAGCCAGUUGGAAGAAUUAUAAUGGCUUUUUUCUCUGAAUAGUUAAUGAGAAAGCCCCAACUUUGCUUGAGAGAGAA